CAACCCAAAAACCCCAUUUCAAUUCCCUUGCCAAUUCUUCACUCUUCUCGAUCUCUCCUCUCCCCAUUUAAAUCCAAUCAAAAUCAACCCAUAUCGAUCCUGAAACAACCCAUUUUUCAACGAUCCUUUGAAUUACGUUUUUCUUGAUUCAAUCGCGCAAUUAAUUGGUAGAAUUUGUAGAAUUCAAUCGAAUUCCAUAGGUUUUGGAUCCAUUAAUUUACUGGAAUUGAGGUAAAGGGAAUGGAAAAUUUUGGUUAAUGAAUCUACGAGAGUCUAAAUCUGAAAGAUGCCCGGAUUAGCACGUAGGAAUGACCAAUAUAACAAUGCAUCAUUUGGGUUCUGGUCAAAGCAUAGCGAUGAUGUUAGUUGCAAUCAGCUGCAGAAGUUCUGGAGUGAGCUCACACCACAGGCUCGGCAGGAGCUUCUUAGGAUUGACAAGCAAGCCCUCUUUGAGCAGGCUCGGAAGAAUAUGUACUGCUCCAGAUGCAAUGGGCUGCUGCUUGAAGUGUUUUUGCAGAUUGUCAUGCAUGGAAAAUCUUUACAGCAGGAUGGAGCAAUUAGUAUCCUUCCUUGCAAUAGAACAGGAGUCUCAAAAAAUCAGAAUGACAGUGGAUCAAGUUUGACAAAUGGGUUGCAAGAAGAAACUCAAGGUCCAUCUGUCUAUUCUUGGGGAGGUCUGACCACAACUCGUGAUGGAUCACUGACAAUUCUGGAUUGCUAUUUGUACUCAAAGUCCCUCAAUGGACUACAAAAUGUGUUUGACAGUGCACGAUUAAGGGAGAGGGAGCGUGAAUUACUUUAUCCCGAUGCUUGUGGUGGUGGAGGUCGUGGUUGGAUAAGCCAAGGAAUUGCAAGUUAUGGCAGGGGACAUGGAACAAGAGAAACAUGUGCACUGCACACUGCCAGGCUUUCUUGUGAUACAUUGCAUGAUUUCUGGUCAGCUCUUGGAGAAGAAACUCAGCAGUCUCUUUUAAGAAUGAAAGAAGAAGAUUUCAUUGAGAAGCUUAUGUAUAGGUUUGACAGCAAGCGGUUUUGUAGAGAUUGCAGAAGGAAUGUUAUCCGUGAAUUCAAGGAGCUGAAGGAGCUGAAGCGCAUGCGUAGAGAACCCCGCUGCACUAGUUGGUUCUGUGUCCCAGAUACAGCAUUUCAGUAUGAGGUAUCUGACAACACAGUCCAGGCUGAUUGGUGCCAAACUUUUGCUGACGCAGUUGGGACUUACCAUCUCUUUGAGUGGGCAAUUGGAACUGGAGAAGGAAAAUGUGACAUUAUGGAAUUUGAAAAUGUUGGUAUGAAAGGAAGUGUUCAAGUCAAUGGCCUGGAUCUUGGAGGUUUGAGUGCAUGUUAUAUUACCCUGAGGGCUUGGAAAUUGGAUGGCCGCUGCACUGAGCUUUCUGUCAAAGCUAAUGCAUUAAAGGGACAACAAUGCGUGCAUUAUAGGCUUGUAGUUGGGGAUGGUUAUGUUACAAUCACAAGAGGUGAAAGUAUCAGAAGAUUUUUUGAGCAUGCCGAGGAGGUCGAGGAAGAAGAGGAUGAUGAUUCGAUGGACAAGGACGGCAAUGAGCUGGAUGGAGAAUGCUCCCGUCCCCAAAAGCAUGCGAAGAGUCCUGAACUUGCUCGAGAAUUUCUUCUAGAUGCGGCAACAGUUAUAUUUAAGGAACAGGUUGAAAAGGCUUUCAGGGAAGGUACAGCACGCCAAAAUGCACAUAGUAUCUUUGUUUGUCUUGCACUAGAGCUCCUGGAGGAACGCAUUCAUGUUGCAUGCAAGGAAAUUAUUACAUUAGAAAAACAGAUGAAACUUCUUGAAGAAGAGGAGAAAGAAAGGCGUGAAGAAGAGGAACGCAAAGAGAAAAGAAGAACAAAAGAACGAGAGAAAAAGCUCAGAAGAAGGGAGAGAUUGAAGGAGAAAGAAAAAGAAAAAGAAAAAAGAUGCCCAGAAUCUAAUCAUACAUCUGUUCCCCCUGAUGUCUCAAAGAAAGAAUCUUUACCAAUGCUUGAAGAAGAACCCAGUAAUACAAUGAACUGCAGAGACUCUGUCAGUGAAAUUAAUCUAUCCAGGUCUGGAUCUCCUCAUAUUCAAGAAGAGUUUCUAAAUGACUGCACUUCAAGUUUGGAAAAUCACUCUUUUGAUGGUCCUGACAGCAUAGUUACAAAAAUCAAAGAUGGGAGUGGCUCUUUUACAAUGGAGGAAUCAAAGUUUUCUCAUUGGAGAUUUAAAGUCCAGAAGGAAACUGAAUUUGACCCAUCUGUGAAAUGGUCUGACAGGCGACGAUUUGCAACUGUUUCCGAAAUUGGUCCCAUCAAUAGAUCUGACUCAAGAUAUCGGAGUGUAAACUUUGAAGUCCCUUCCAGGGGAAUUAAUGGAUCAAAUAGGCAACUAAGGAUAAACAGCACAAAGUCCAAUAGUCGAACAUGUGGUCACAAGUAUAGUGAGAAGUUUCAGUGUUCCAAUAAUAAGGGCGACAGAUAUGAAUCUUAUUCUUGUAGCUGUAGCCAACAAAAUGAAUACAGGGCAAAGGGUGAGUCACAUGGUUCUGCAACAAGAGCAGGCCGAGAGUCUAGAUCUGUGAGCAAGUCAGAAUCUGCAUUGGAUAUGUCCAGGCAAGUCUAUCGCAGUAACAAGUAUAAUCAAGUGGAAUACAUGCGUGAAGGUUGUGGAAGAGUAAAAGGCAAAAUGAUCUGGGGAAACAAUUCUUCUGGUCGUGAUUUACAUCACCAGAAGAAAGUUUGGGGGCUGACAGAAUCACAAAAGUACCGUCGGAGCAACUCAGAUUCAGAUGUUACCUUGAGGUCAUCUACCUUCAACGUUCAAGGAGUUGGACCUGAUAAUAACAUUGUUAAGUCAUCUGGAAGUGUCAUGACAAGUGGGGAUGUAUGUUCUGGUAAUGCUAGUGGAAAUUCAGGUGAAAUCGAUCAAGCGGAUAGUAAAGCUACCAAAUGGAGAAACUGUAGCCUUGCGAGGAAUGGAGACUGUCAAAAUGAACUUCAGGAGGAAGGACAGGACUCAUGCAUCUCAGUUGAGGCUUGUUAUGAGGAAGAUGGAUUGUCUCCUGCUAGAAGCCCUACCUUGAAUAUGUCUUCCAAUUCUAUGAUGGGUAGUACUUCCAAUUCUGAUAACUGCUUUUCUUGCCUUAGUGAAGGAGAGAGCAAUACAGCCUCCUCAAACAUCGGAAACAUGGAUUCUUCAUUGACUUCAGAUUCUGAAGAUGCUAGUCAACAAUCAGAUGUGAGAGAUGCUUCAUUAGGCACUCUAAAUGGCUUUUAUGAGUGUCAGGAACAAGGAAUGGAUAAGAAGCAGAAUAUUAAUGGAGGUGAAACUCUGGCUUUAUUAAAGUCACUGGAUGGCACAGGAAGCAGAAUCUCUGGAAAUAUGCAGCUAAAAACUGCAGCAAAUCCUGAAAAUGGAAUCUCAACUGCUAGUAUGAGUGUUCAACAUCAUGGUGUGUUUCCACCAAUGCAUAACCAGCAUACACAAUUUCCAGUAUAUCAAGCUCCUUCAACAAUGGGGUACUACCAUCAAAACCCUGUUACUUGGCCUGCAACUCCAGCUAAUGGAUUAAUGACCUUUCCUCCUUCAAACCGCUAUUUGUAUGCUGGAUCUCUUGGUUGUGGUUUGAAUGCGAAUUCAUACUUAUGCAUGCAGUACAGUUCUCUACCCCAUCUAAAUACUCCCCUCUUCAAUCCUGGCCCUGAUCUGGUUUGUCAGCCUGUUUCAAAAGCCAAUGGCUUUCAUUCUGAGGAGCAAACUCAGAUAUCUAAGCCAGUCGCAGCCAAAGAAACUCCUGUUGGCCCAAAUUCAGAGAGAGUAACCCCUGCCAAGACACUUCCAACAGAAACAGCAGCAUUUGGAGAAGGUGGGCAAACUGAUAAUUCUGCCAAAUUGCAAACGGGUAAUAAUAGCUUCUCCUUGUUCCAUUUUGAUGGGCCUAUAGCUCUUUCAACAGGAUGUAAAUCCAAUUUUGUGAAUUCAAAAGACGGGAUUAUUGGAGAAUUGUCUUCUCACUUGUCAGCAGAUCAUGUUGACAAUGGUCAUGCUAGCAGUAACAAAGAGACUAGAAUUGAAGAGUACAACUUAUUUGCAACGAGUAAUGGCAUUAAAUUUUCAAUCUUCGAAUGUUUUAGUUAGGUGUGAGGUGGCUGUUUGGGAAAUCAGUCCUGUCUUCUUGUUUGAUCAAAUGGAAGUUUGAGAGUACUUGGUAAUUAGGUACAAUAAUCUUCCUGUGAAAGAAAAAUCCAAUUGAUAGCUUAUAGUUUCUUCAGCUGAUUGUUACCCGAUUGGUUUCAUUGUUUUUCUUGGUUGGGGGUAGAGAAAUAUGAGAUUGAAGAGUGUUACAUAAUGUUUGAGGACCUUGUGUUAGAAGUCGAUGUUUUUUAAUUGAUGAAGCAGAUAUGAUAUGAUUCUGUUUUCUUGGAUCUUCAAAUGUCGCACUGCAAGCGGUUCUAAAUGAGGUUUUGGGACCAUAUGAGAUUCAGUAUAGAUCCAAAUGUUUGCAUUCAGAAUACAGAGACUACUGCCUUUUUUCCUUUUUAUUUUUUUAUGGUGACCUUAUGAGCUAUAAGGUACUAAAUUGGAGUCUCAAAC